AUGGGCAAACUGUUUCCAACUUGCGUUACCUCCAACAAUGACACCAUAUACAUGGCGGCAUACGCUACCGAAAUUGGAGCACUACCACCUAUCAUGCUACUCGUUCUCGUGAAAUCUGAGCAGCUUCCCCAAGAUCCCAGCAACAUCUCUUGGUCUGUUGUCAGCACUGUACCCCUCACUCAACUCGAUCCAUUCAACCCACCCGAACCCCGGGAACUCACACCCUCAAUCAGUACAGAGUGCUUUGUGGACGAUAAGGGCCUUUUCAUUAUGACUUCACAAUGUCUAUCGAACCUGUGGACUGUGCAGUACAACCCUAAAGCGACCUUACUCAACAACAGCAAAACGACUCAUGGGCGCAGCAACGACCACCCCGGAGAAUGGUCGAUGCUCGAUGCCAUCUCGGUCGGUAUUGGACAUCCAUUUCCUCACGCUCAAUUUCUAAACACAAAGAGUACAGUCUACGGCAAUGAGACUCUUUAUCAAGUACGCUAUAUUCCUCAUAGGAAUGACUCACUGCUUACACCUCCCGUUAUUGAUGUUGGGCCAAUGGAGAAAAACAAUCGCACUGCCAUCGACAGCCGCCCAGUAUUGCUGGACCAAGUCAACGGCAGCAUUUACAGCCUGAAGAUCCGCGACGAUAAUAUCUACGCGGUCUUUGAUACGGCUCUAGGGAAUUCGUAUCCAUAUACCAACUCAACAUCGCCCCGCUAUAAUAAGACGUUAGCGGUGUACCCAUUCUCAUCUUCGGUGAUUUUUAACAGCACUGUCAGUCCGAACAGUACGCUCAAUCCUGCAUUCACUUUACCCUGGGAUCUGGAUUGCUCGUACGAUUAUCUAGACGGAACGGCAGUUUCUGCAAUAGCAAGCGGUCGACUCUAUUACCUCUGUUCGCUUGUUGCUCUUUUUUGA